UAGUUUUUGACAAUUGAAAAAACUUGAAAGGUUAUGUUACGAAGUGAUUGAUUGUUAUUAUUCAGAAUAAACAAUUUAUAACAAGUUAUGAGUAAUAUUUAUAGAAAAUAUAACAUAUUUAUGUACGAGUCGUCAAAACUAGAUUUGAAUUGCACCACGCCUUAUUUAAUUGCGAACAACUUAACUGUGAGUUCCUAAACAAAGUUCUGAACUGGAAGUCCGAAUAGUAUAAUUUUUAAAAAUGAGUUUAAAUCGUGCGGCAUACUAUUUAGCUCGUUCAAAGCCAACCCGUACUAAUUUAUAUCAAACUAAUUUUCUUAAUCAUAAUUAUUUAUGUAUCAGUCAGUCAUUCUCUCCCUUGGAGGAAUAUCAAUAUUCAAAUACCAAUUCAAUACCAACUGUACUUCUUGUGAGAAAUUUUAAUACAAAUACCAGAUUAUAUGAAAAAGAAGGAGUUUCAAAGCCUUCGUCGAAGGUUGAAGUCACAGUUCAGAAACUAAAAGAAGAACAGAAACUGAAGCAACAAGAAUGUGUUGUUUCCAAACCUUCUCCUGAUAAAGCUGCAGGUACAGUGGAAAAAGCACCAGUUAAGAAAACUUUGAAACAAAGGAUUGUUAAUGAACUCCUGCAUUAUUAUCAUGGUUUUCGACUUUUGUUUAUUGAUAUUAAUGUAUCAAGAAAAUUGAUAUGGCGAAUAUUAAAUGGAAAAUCCUUGACCAGAAGAGAGCACAGACUUUUGGUCAGAACUACUGCUGAUAUGUUCAGACUGUUGCCGUUUUCUGUGUUUAUAAUUGUACCUUUUAUGGAGCUUUUACUGCCAGUAGCAAUUAAACUUUUUCCUGGAAUGUUACCAUCAACUUUUCAAACAGCGACAGAGAAGGAAGAUAAACUUAAACAAAGCCUAAAGGUAAAACUGGAAAUGGCUAAGUUCUUGACACAAACUUUAGAUGACAUGACUCUCCAACAUAAAGAUCAUAAAUCAGAAUUAGCUAAAGAGUUUUCAGAAUGGUUCACAAAAAUGAGACAGUCGGGUGCGCAAGCCAGUAAUGAAGAGAUAAUGAAAUUUUCAAAACUUUUUGAGGAUGAGAUAACAUUGGACUCACUUUCUAGACCCCAGUUGACUGCACUGUGUCGAGUUCUUGAAAUAAAUACUUUAGGCACAACGAAUUUCUUACGAUUUCAGUUGCGAAUGAAAUUGCGGUCUUUAGCAGCUGAUGACAAAUUAAUUCAAAGGGAGGGAAUUGAUACCAUGACACUUUCUGAGGUCCAGCAAGCUUGCAGAGCACGCGGUAUGAGAGCUUAUGGAAUGCCAGAACAUAGACUUCGAAGACAAUUAACUGAUUGGAUAAACCUUAGCCUCAAUGAAAAGGUACCACCGUCCUUACUGCUACUUUCUAGAGCUCUUAUGCUGCCUGAAAACGUUCCUGUUUCUGAUAAACUGAAAGCAACAAUUAGUGUUUUGCCUGAAACUAUUGUCACUCAAACGAAAGCUGCCAUUGGUGAAAGAGAGGGCAAAAUUGAUAACAAGACUAAGAUUGAGGUGAUCAAAGAAGAAGAGCGAAAGAUUCAUGAAGAAAGGCAGGAGGCGAAAGAAGAAGAAAGACGAAAACUGGCAGAAACAUCAGAACUGCUGGUAGACCCAGCUAAAACAAUAAGUACUAAAGACACUGCGGCAGUAGUGGACUCAAGGAUUCCAACAUCAGGCGCUCCAUCAAUAGCUGCAGUGCCGCCGAAAGUAUCUCCUAUCCCUAGUGCGACGGUCAGUACUAAGAAGCCAAUUAUGGAAGUAAAGAAAGAUGCUACAGAGUUUACUAAAAAGGAUUUGGCGGUUGUCGAAGAUGCGCUUGAUACUUUGUCCAAAGAUAAAAAUUCUUUAGUUAUUGAGAAGGAGGUUAUCAAAGACAUCAAGGAAGAAAUUGCUGACUAUCAAGAAGAUGUGCAAGAGCUGCAACAAGCUAUUGUUGCUGCAGAAAAACCUAAGGAUGAAAUACAAGAAACAAAGGGCGCUAAACGUUUGCUGAAGAAGGUGAACAAAAUGAUAACUAAAAUGGACACGGUUGUUCAAGAACUUGAAAACAAGGAGUCAGAAAAGAAAGCCAAAUCUCUCCAACAAGCACAAACUUGCGCUACUGAAACACAAAGCGAACAAGAACAGCGGAAAGCUAAAGGCGAGAUUCUUAUUGAGGAACUUAUGGAAGCCAUAAAGAAAGUCAAGAAUGUACCUGAUGAAAAUCGUUUGAAAUUGAUUGAGAAUAUAUUAAGCAAGAUUGAUACAGAUAAAGAUGGACACAUCAAAGUUGAAGAUGUACUAAAGGUUAUUGACAUUGUUGAGAAAGAAGAUGGGCACAUGAGUACUAAACAACUUGACGAACUAGUGCAAUUGCUCAAAAAGGAAGAAGUUAUUGAAAAAGAAGAAAAGAAAGAAAAAGAAGCUAAGCAGAGUUCCGAAUCUACACAAAGUAAAAUCAACAAUGCGCCAAUCUCACCUGUACCAGGUACCAAAGUGACUUCUAAAGAAACCUCUCAACAAAAAAGCACCGUCCCACCGUCAUCCGGUGCUACAAAGAUGUAAAUUCUCUCAUGGAAAUAUCAGCUAAUGUCUGGCCAGUCAUCCUAUGACAAAAAUGAUGUGAAGAAAUUGGAUUACACUAAUAAUAUUAAAAUGAAACAAACAGCCGAAUUAAAUAACUUAAAAGAGAAAAAAGUUUCAACAAACGAUACCAAAAACAUCUUGGAGGAGUCAACUAAACAAAGUGUUGCUAAAAUUACUAAAACAACACAUCAAAGUAUUCCAAGCACAAGUGGCAAACAUUUGCAAAGUAAGUGUAAUGAAAAUAGUAAAAAUCUGUGAAUUAAUAGUAUUAAAAUUGUUAAC